AUGGCGAAUUCAGUGGGAGGUGUAUUGGCUCGCCUCGUGGCGCUGCUCACUAUCUUCCAGUGUGUGCAGGCGAAAACGGUCACUUAUGAUUUCAACGUGACUUGGGUCAUGGCCAACCCGGAUGGGUUGUUCGAUCGAAAGGUUGUCGGCAUCAACGGCCAGUGGCCUUUACCACCAAUUGAAGUGGAUAAGGGCGACAGACUGAUUGUCAACAUGUACAAUGGCCUUGGCGACAAGGAUACAUCCAUUCAUUGGCAUGGCAUGUUUCAAAAUGAGACCAACGGAAUGGAUGGCCCUUCCAUGGUGACCCAAUGUCCUAUCCCACCGGGAUCUUCGUUCACCUACAAUUUCACCAUUAAUCAACAUGGAACCUACUGGUAUCACUGUCAUACCGAUAGCUGUUAUCCGGAUGGUUAUCGGCAGUCAUUAGUCGUGCACGAUAACAGCUCCUACUUUAACGAUAUGUACGAUGAGGAAUAUACCAUUACCAUGAGUGAUUGGUAUCACAAGUUGAUGGAAGACAUCAUGCCGUCUUUUAUCACUGUUGAGAAUCCGACAGGUGCAGAGCCUCUUCCGCAAUCUUUCCUAUUCAAUGACACCUUGAAUUCCAACCUGCCUGUCAAGGCCGGAAAGACCUAUCUCCUCCGAUUGAUCAAUAUCAGCGCAUUCGUGGCUCAGUAUUUCUAUAUCGAAGACCAUACUUUCAAAAUCGUUGAGAUCGAUGGUGUUUACACCGAACCCACCGAGGCGAGCACACUCUACAUUGCUGUCGCUCAACGCUAUUCAAUUCUCGUCACCAUGAAGAACUCAACGGAGAAGAACUACCCCAUCGUGACGGUCGCGGACUCCCAGCUGUUGGACACUAUCCCGUCGAAUCUCCAAUUGAACUACACCAAUUGGUUAGAAUAUAACGCGUCAGCCGCCCAUCCCCAAGCAGACAUCACAGUCUCCUCAUGCACAGACUUGGUCCCAUACGACGAUUCAACUCUCGUGCCCUACGACAAGAUGGCUCUUCUUCCCGAUCCCGACCUGAUAAUCAACCUAACAGUCUCCAUGCAAGAUCUCGGUAACGGAGCCGACUAUGCAUUCUUCAACAAUAUCAGCUACACCAAGCCCAAAGUCCCAACAUUAUAUACCGUCCUCUCGGCAGGUGAUCAAGCCACAGAUGCAACCGUCUACGGUGACUACACCCACGCAAUGAUCCUCGAGCACAACCAAGUCGUGGAGGUCGUCGUCAACAACGGCGAUACAGGCUCCCACCCAUUCCAUCUCCACGGCCACACGUUCCAGGUCAUUAAUCGCGCCCCUGGAUACGGUGCGCACUUCUACGAUUACCUCAACGGAGACCCGGUGGCAUAUGAUCCAUCCAACCACACUGCAUUCCCGAAAUACCCCCCUCGUCGGGAUACACUCGUCCUCCCUCCGCAGGGAUACUUCGUUAUUCGCUUCGUCGCCGAUAACCCCGGUGUGUGGAUCUUCCACUGUCAUAUCGACUGGCAUCUAAUGCAGGGUCUGGCAAUGUUGAUGAUUGAAGCCCCGUCGCUGAUCCAAGAACGGGUGACCAUUCCCGAGGAGCACUACGAGGUUUGCAAAGCUGCUGGCGUGGAAUAUGAAGGAAAUGCCGCGGGUAAUACUGAGGACUACCUUGAUCUCAAGGGCCAGAACAAGCAGGUCGCUUGGUUGCCUGCUGGUUUCACGGCUAGGGGUAUUGUGGCGUUGGUGUUCUCGUGUGUUUCCGCUUUCUUGGGUAUGGCAUGCAUCUCUGUUUAUGGAGCUUCGGGUAUCCCGUCAAGUAAAAAGGGUCAAGAGCAGAUGGCUGAGACGGAGGCGAUUGAGACGCCAUAUGAGGACUGA